AUCACUUCUCUUAUUUUAUGUCAGUUGGUUGGUCGAUAUGUGUCUGACAUAAUCCUCACUGGUCACAUAAUCACUGAACUUUCAUAAGGUUGUGUGUCCACCAAAGCGUUUUAUCCCACCUCAAAAAACGCCUAGUUAAGAGCACUAGUGCACUUUGGAGGCACGUUUUUUUUUCUGCUGAGAGCCAUUGUCUGCAUGUGGUUGCUAUGAUAUGGAAUAUCUGCAGAAGUAAAGUACUAGAGAGUAAAGUAGAGUACUUGCUCUGGAUGAAGGAAAGGCUGAAGCAUGUAGAGAUGAAGGACGGAGCCACCGGUCUUAAUUUCUCCUUCACUAUUGUUGUUGUUGAUCAGCACUUGUACUGAUGUUGGUAUUUGCCCCGCCCCUCCUCUGCUGCGAUUGGACAGCAGUGUAAAAAGUGACACUGAGAAGCCCAGCAUUUUUUUUGUUUUUGUUUGUGUGUUUUUAUCAGGGCUUUUAUUGGUUUUAUUACAGAGCAGCUGGAGAAUGACAGUAAAGGACAGCGAGAGAAAGAAAGGGGGGAUUAUAUGCAGCAGGUAGGAAUCACACCUGGGCUCCUGCUCAGGACACAGCCUACAUUGGAGCGACGCGCUACCAGGAGAGCUAAAACAUGCCCCUGAACGCAGCGUUUUACCCAAAGUUAGCAUUCUUUAAGUCUUGGCAACCAGAAAAUAAAAUGACAAAUGUACAGGGCUCAGUGAAUUGUCGUGUUUUUGGCUUGUUGCACAGUGUAAAUACACAGUGCAGAGAAUCAAAAAAUAUUUAUGUAGUUAAUGUAAAGAAAAUAUGCAGAUUUGUUUUUCUCCAUCGAUCAAAUGGAUUGGUUGAAUCGUAGGUAGAAUUUCAGUCAACUAAUAUUUUCUUUGUUUCACCACACCCCCAGUGAAUACCUUCUAGCUGACAUCUUAUUUUCUACAGAAUCUUUUUAAUGUGAUAAUUGAUAUACACUUCAUUAAGAUUCUUUAUUUCACUGAUCCCAUUACACAGUCAACACAUACAUUUAAAGCAUUCAUCUCUUUCACUCUGCAUCAUGACACAUAUGAUAUGUGCAGAAUAUCUGUCUGACACACCUUGAUGAUGCCUUUUUAGAACUGUCCAGGAAGUUGAGCUGCCAGUAGUACUGAGUAUUCUUACACUCUUCCACAUCUCACAUUGUACCCACACAGCUCAGAGCUUCCUUUCAAGUAAUUUAAUUAAAUUCAAAGUAAGGUACAUCACCACCUUCAUCUCAUGUUAACCCAGGUAACGGCAUUAAAAUCAUGUCUGAAGCCUCUUUUACACUGCCACAUUUUCAGCGAACGUUGGGCCGUUUUGCUGGCAAGCUGUGAUUGUUUAGACACACAGAGCCGGAGGUGCCCAGUUUUACGCCUCAUAGUCACAUUGGCAGAACCUUUUUGGUUUAAAAAGAAUGAGGCGCCCUUUCACCACAGGAGGUCGCUGCACGUGCGAGCCACUGGCGGUGGAUAAACAGGAAACAGCUGAUAGCAGGAAUUAGCGAGCAGCUAGUAGCAAGAGGGAAACACAAACCUGACAGACACUGUAAAGAUGAGCAACUGGGGAGACAAGGAAUUGCGCGCCCUCCUUGUCCUCGCAAACGAAGAGGCCAUUAACCGUCAGAUGACGGGGACGGUGAAGAACGGGCCGACUUACGAGAGAAUCACCGCCUGACUAGCCGCAGCUUCCCUCCCACGUCACUGUUUACGUCACACGCUGAGCUACACGUUUUGUUACUUGCUCACGCCCCCCAUUGCCCCGAAAAAGGCACAUUCUGUAUAAACAAAAGUAGGUAGGCGGCAUUUUGCUGCACUCCCCGAUUUUGUUUUUAUACUGCCAAUGCUGAAAAAAGACUGAUUGGGCGUUCCUGCAAAUUGGCACAAUUCCUGUUUAAAAAGGGCAAGUAUGAGGAAACAAAACCUCCCCAACAGAGCUACAGUAAGAGGUGGAGCAAAACUGGACAGACAACAUUUCAACGUCAUAUUCCUUAAAUGAAACUUAAGAAAACUUUAUAAGUGUCAGUAGAGUCAAGACUGUCGAGAGAGUCUACAGUCGAGACAGUCGAGACGAAUCUGCUUCUUUCAAACAAAAUAAAUUGACUUCAUCAGGUCUUUGUCAACAACACAGCACAGUCUCUGCCAAACACUGUGUGUAGAUAUGGCUGCUGCAAACUAUCUGCCAUCUGAAGAUCAGUUUCAGUGCUCCAUCUGUCUGAAUGUGUUCACUGAUCUUGUCAGCACACCAUGUGGACACAACAUCUGCAAAGACUGCAUCACUGAACACUGGAAUAACAGCUACAGGUGCCUGUGUCCAAUGUGUAUGGAGGCUUUUACUAUAAGGCCUGAUUUGAGGGUCAACAUUUUGUUGUCUAAGUUGGACACUCAGUUCAGACAGUCAGCUCAACAGAAAGCCAGCAGCAGCAGCUCACAGCAACAAGUGUCCAAACCAGGAGAAAUUCCCUGUGACGUCUGCACUGGAACCAAACUGAAGGCCCUGAAGUCCUGCCUGGUGUGUCUGGUCUCCUACUGUGAGACUCACCUGGAGCCUCAUCUGACAGCUUCACGUCUGAAAAGACAUCAGCUGAUCGACCCUGUGGAGAACCUGGAAGACAGGAUGUGUACGAAGCACGAUAAACCUCUGGAGCUGUUCUGUAAGACCGACCAGACAUGUGUCUGCAUGCUCUGCCAUGUUUCAGACCACAAGACACAUGAUGUUGUUCCUCUGAAAGAAGGAUAUGAAGACAUGAAGGUCGAGCUGGAGGCUGAAAUCCAGAAGAGACGACUGAAGAUUCAGGAAAUCCAAGACUCAGUCAACCUCAGUGAGAAAGAUGCAGACAGAGAGAUAGCAGAAGGUGUUCAGAUCUUCAGUGCUCUGAAGGAGUCUGUUGAGAGAAGUCAGGCAAAUCUCAUCGAUGCAAUCAAGGAGAAGCAGAAAACAAAAGAAAAUCAGGCCAAAAGUUUUAUAAAAGAGCUGGAACAGGAAAUCUCUGAGUUGACGAACAGGAGCACCCAGCUGGAGCAGCUCUCACACUCUGAAGACCACUUCCAUCUUCUCCAGAGUGUCCAGUCCCUAAACAGCCAACACCCAACACCCACCAAAGACUGGACAGAGGUCAGCGUCCGUCCAUCAUAUGAGGGGACUGUGGUGAGAGCUGUGUCUCAGCUGGAGGAGACACUCAGUGAACAGAGGAAGAAGCUGGUUGAAGCUGAGCUGAAGAGGGUCCAGCAGUAUGCAGUGGAUGUGACUCUUGAUCCUGGUACAGCAUAUCCUAAACUCAUCCUAUCUCAUGAUAGGAAAAAAGUGCAUCAUGGUAAAAACAAGAAAAAUUUCCCAGACAACCCAGAGAGAUUUUCUGAUUGUGCUUCUGUCUUGGCAAAACAGAGUUUCUCUUCAGGCAAAUCUUACUUUGAGGUUCAAGUUAAGGGAAAGACUGAAUGGGAUUUAGGAGUGGCCAGACAGUCGAUCAACAGAAAGGGAGUCAUCCCACUGAGCCCUCAGAAUGGUUACUGGACUCUGUGCUUGAGAAAUGGAAAUGAGUAUGAAGCUCUUGAUGCCCCUCCAGUCCGUCUCUCUCUGAAGUCUCGUCCUGAGAAGGUGGGGGUGUUUGUGGAUUAUGAGGAGGGUCUGGUCUCCUUUUAUGACGUAGAUGCUGCAGCUCUUAUCUACUCCUUUACUGGCUGCUCCUUCACUGAGAAACUCUUCCCAUACUUCAGUCCCAAAUGUAAUGAUGAUGGUAAAAACUCUGCACCUCUGAUCAUCAUUUCUCCUGUCAGAGUAAAAUAAUCACUUCAUGUAGGUCAUGUAUUGAUUUGUUUCUAUCAAAGGGAACAAUUGUCCAUGUUUAGUGGGAAUACUGUUGGUUUACAUGUCCUGUUCUAUGGAAUUGGUUAACUAUGAUGAUUGAUCAACAUUUAAUUGAUAAGUUUUUUUAUUACAUGUAUCCUAUUACAUGUGAAGCAACACAUUUAUCUCUUUAAACCUGCAACAUGACAGACAUAAUUUGUGAAGAAUAUUUAUUUAAACCUCUGUGAAACCCACUAACAUUCAUUUUAACUUCCUAACAAAUCACUGUUUCCAAAAGCAUGAAAUAUGUCAAGGUGGAGUUUAAGUAAACAAACAAAAAUGUUGCAAAACAUCUUAAAUUUAUUUCUUCUUCAAUUUAAUGUGCAGCCAUAGAAGCAUAUUGCUGAAUAUUUCAUUGUGUCAUAAAGCUUCAUCCAAGAGUAAAGCCUGUGACAUGCCUACAGUGUCUACAGAAUACAAUAUGUGUCAUUAAAAGUUAAUGUACAAAGUUAAUCAAUAGAAGAUUUCCUGUUUUAUUUGAAAAGUGUUUGGGUUAAUUAUUGGUCACUGAAUUUUCUUUGUUUUGUGAACACUGGUGAGAUGGUUUAUGUGUCACAGAAAUCUGUAAAUAUGUGAUUGUUAAAUAAAAUAAACUAGUUGUUGAACACAA